AUGAUAAAGACUCUUGUUAACGGGCCCGACCUUUACAAACCACUGGAGACGCUCGUACCUCUGCAAUUCAAUUUGCUAGGCUCAGAAUCCAUAGCCACUGCUUUCCCAGUAUAUACCUCCGAUGAUGUCCCGAAUACUUUAAUCGAUUACUUGCACCAAGAGUUCAACAGUGAGCUCGAAGACGGUCUGACGUAUCCACACCUGAAGACUCUCAAUCGCGAUGAAUUUGUAAAAUAUUGGUUCCAUUCAUUCUGCGUUAUUGUGCUCAAGACAGACAAGAUAGCGAUUGACAGCAGCUGGACCAAUUGGCGUGAUCUUCUGCUUGGAACUUUCUACAUUAAGCCAAAUUACCCAGGACGGUGUUCUCACAAUUGCAACGCGGGCUUUCUUGUCAAUUCAGCCCAAAGAGGUCAAAAAGUUGGUAUUCGCUUGGGCCAGAUAUACCUAAAGUGGGCUCCGUUACUUGGAUACAGAUACUCGGUCUUCAACCUAGUGUUCGUGACUAACCCAGCAAGCUGGAGGAUUUGGGACAAGCUGCAAUUCGAUAGGAUUGGGUACAUCCCCAAGGUUGCUAUACUGAAAGGUUACGAGGAGCCCGUUGAUGCAAUCAUGUUUGGUAAAGAUCUGACGACCACUGAUCCCAAGCUCAUAGAAGGCCUACAUAUUUGA